UUCGAUUUUGAGAUACGUGUUAUUAAUUAACCGGGUGAAUUUUCAAUUUUUUUCUCAAUUAUUGACUGAUUUCUGUCGAUUUAAAGCCCGAAAAAUGCUUGAAACGUUGUACAAUGUCCCGUUUCUCGUGUUGGAAUUGCCCAAUUUGAAGAUAAAGCGCCCGUCGUGGCUCCAAAUGCCCUCGCCCUUUGUCGUUUUCUGUUUUGCGCUGCUCUCGUACUUUUUAGUUUGCGGCGGAAUCAUCUACGAUGUCAUUGUUGAGCCCCCGAGUAUCGGAAGUACAACUGACGAGCAUGGGCAUUCUCGUCCCGUGGCGUUUUUACUUUAUCGCAUAAAUGGUCAAUAUAUCAUGGAAGGACUUGCAAGUUCGUUCCUUUUCACGAUGGGAGGUCUCGGAUUUAUCAUAAUGGAUCAAGUUGCUCAACCUCCGGCAACGGGAAGGCCCAAGCUGAAUAGAAUUCUGUUGUUGUCGAUGGGUUUCUUGUUUAUUUUGGUCUCGUUCUUUACGACUUGGAUCUUUAUGAGAAUGAAGUUGCCGGGAUAUCUUCAACCAUAAAAAAACGAAAAAAGCCACAAAAAUUAAAUUUAAAAGAAUUCUCGUACAAGAAACAGUGAACAAAGUCCUUUUUCAAGUAAUUUUUAUUAAUAAAUACGGCGUAAAGUAA